ACCCAUCACGCGGGACAGCUGUCAUUGUAACGGACACGGAUCCAUACACCACACGCACAGCCCCCAUGUCGCCCCAACAGCCCGCCAACCCCUCAGCCGCCUCCCACAAUGCCCAACUUCUCCAGUCACACGAUCUCGUAGCCUCCCUCCCCACACCCUACUUGCGUCUCCUCGUCCUCUUUGCCAGGCCCAUAGCCCUCUUUAAGCAUGUUCUUCAGGUAUUUCUCUGGUCACCGGGGAGGAGGGUCGAGAGCUGGAUGGUGGUCGGAGCCUGGUGGGCGCUCUGCCUUGGCUCUCAGCCAGCUUUUAGAUUCCUCCUACCCCCUUUGGUAUUUCUACCACUGCUACCGCUUGCCACCCUUCGUCUCAAACACACUCAAAAGACGCCAACGGAGAAUUCACCAUCCUCUCCCGCGACACAUGACACACUCCUACUCACACUUUCCGACUUGAACGAGAUCUACGCGCUUCUGCCUAUAUCGCCUCUUCCAGCCAUGUCAGACGUCUAUGCGCGUUUCCGACAGCUGGGCCCCGUGCGUCUCAUUAGAGGCCUUGCAGUUCUUUGGGGCACAUGGCUUGUUCUAGGCCAACUCGUAGUUGGGUAUAAGACUUUGCUCGCUCUCAUCGGCACCGUCAUCCUACUACUGCCGUCCCCGCCCCUGGCGCAUUUCAUCAACCUUCUGUCUGGGUCUUUAUUCUUCCGACAAGCUGUCGCGUUAGCCUUCCUCUUUACUUUUGGCUCGCCUCCGGAAACCUCUUAUCGUUUCAAGCUGAACUUUUCUCUUUGGGGUUGGUUCAAAUCAAAGUGGACGGCCUCCCGUCGACCCUCCCUCGCCUUCGCAUUCCGUCCCAAAAUGUCUGGCAAAGUACCUUCUGGAUCUGCCCUUGAAGUGGAAAGAGAAAAAUCUGAAGGAAAGGAAGAGUCCCAUAUCAAAGUGGAAUCCCCUAUCUACUUUCGUUUCGAGAUCCAUGAGAAUCAGCGAUGGUGGAUGGGACUCGACUGGACAUCUGCUCUCCUUCCUCAGGAAAGGCCUAGCUGGUGUGACUCCCAUUUGCUUCCUGUUUCUCCUCCCCAAGCAUUCACUUUACCGGCGCCUGUCUCCGUUGUUAUCAACACCGCUACAAUGAAGGACAGAUAUGCCAGGGUGAUGAGGUCGGCAGAGUGGAAAUGGCUGGACGACGACUGGUCUAUCGUUCGAAGUGGACCUGGCGCCAGUGCUGCGCCCGGCACUCAAACCAACCCAGUCUUGCCACCUGAGAAUGAUCCGGAUUCCGGUCAUUCUCUACAUCAGGGCCAGCACCAUAAUCAGCCUCAAUCCCCUCAAGCACGUACUGCUAGUCGACCUUCCUCUUUUAUCAGUGCCUUUGGUUCACCGACCGCCUAUAGCCCUUCUAGUACGGAGGAUUCUACUUCCUCGGCGGGAUCGCGUGCACAAUCAAUAGCUGAGCAGGCAUUUACCAAAGGCCUUGAAAGGUUAAAGGCGAGGGCGGUCAGCGGGACUGCACCUCCAGCAACGGCAAGCUCUCCGAGAAGAAGCGGUGAAUCGGUGAGAGGUAGGACAGGGAGUUAUGAUGCUACGGAUGAAGAGGGUUCAGAGGGGACACCGAGUACACAAAUAGGGCAACAACCUGGAUCCGCACCUCUUCCAUCGGAGACUAUUCCUGAGAGAGAUGCAGCAACUGAUGCAGAUGGCUGGGUAUACGGGGACAAUAAAUGGGAGAAUGUCGGUUCAAAAGGCGGUUUAGGCAAGUUUACGAGGCGAAGAAGAUGGCGACGAAGAGCCAUUUGCAUCGAGACUGUCCGCAAGCUCAGCCCCAGUGACGACCCCGCAAUCACCAUCUCACCGUCAGCCACAGAGUCUGGAGCAAACACUCCCACUCCCGCCACGUUCGCCGCAGCGCCCUCUUCUCCGUUGAAAUCAAAGCCUGCAAUAGGAUUGUCCGAGGCACAGACAAAAGGAACGACUGCAUCAGAGGAAGUUUUAGAGUCCGUGAAAGAGUCAACCAUCCCUGAGCAUAAAAUUGGACCCUACGGCGCUAGUUCAUCGGGUAGCGCACCUGUAUCAAGAGAUGAGAUGCUGAGGAUGAGGUUGAAAAAGGCAAUGGGGUCUGUGGGUGCUUGAACGGCAGCUGAAGGUGGUAAAUGGGACUCUUUUUACACUACGCCUGUACAAUUUGGCAUUUUGUUUA